CUGUCACUGGGCACCAGUGGCUGAGGGGCAGCAAGGUGCUGAAGGAGGACAAACUGCCUGACCUGCGCACCGAGUACCAGGUGGACAAGGCAGGCAGUGCAGGCGAGUACGCCUGCGUCUUCCUGCCCGACCCCCUGACCAGGGCCAAGAUCCCUGUGAGCGGACCCCCCGUGAUCAAGGCCAUCAGGAAGUCUGAGCAGGCCACCGAGGGGCAGACAGUGACACUGGCCUGCAAGUCUUACUCUUACCCCCCCAUCGACACCUGGGUCUGGUCCAGGUUGUUUGACUCCAGGGACCAGGACAUCACCAACGGCUCCCAGAGCAAGUUCUUUGUGAACUCCUCGAAGGCCAGGUCUGAGCUGCUCAUUGAGAACCUGAACAUCACCUUAGACCAUGGCACCUAUGCCUGCAGUGGCACCAACUCUGAGGGCACCAGCAGGGCUACCAUCAUACUGCAUGUGCACCACCACCUGGAAGCACUCUGGCCCUUCCUGGGCAUUAUAGUCGUGAUGCUGAUGCUGAUCAACAUCAUCUUCAUCUGCGAGAAGUGGCAGCUAAAUGAGCCCGUGGAGGAUGAUUACGCGAGAUCUGCACCUCUCAAGGGCAGCAUGGCCCGUGUGAAUGUCACAGGCAAGAACGUCCACCAGAGGAGUGCCACCUGAGCAGCACAGUGGCCCAGGUCCCAUCCCCACCUCCCACAGGAGUCCAUUCCCUGCCAUCAAAGUGCCAGAUCCACUCACCUCAGAAAACCCAUGUAACAACAGCAAAUCCACUAUCGAUCUCCACAUUUGAUUUUUUCCACAUUUGAGUUUUUGUUAACUAAAGGAGGGUUAUCUAUAUAAAAAAGGAACCAAUCCCCAAUUGAUGAGCCAUUCGGCCUCUAUGCUUCCUGCUUUCUUAUCCUGUAUAAGCCCUAGACCACCAGAGAUUAGGGUCUGAUAUUUUGGGGAUGAUCCCAAUCAGUGUCCAUCAACAAAAAA